CGCCACAGCAUCUCCGUGACAGCGGAACAGUGAGCCCAGCAUGAGCGCCUACAGCAGCCCGAUCCAGAAGGAGGAGGUGAUCCUCAUCUCGAGCGACAGCGAGAGCGACUGCGCCAUGCCGAGCCACCAGCCGCAGGCCGCGACCCCCCCGCAGAGUGCGCCGGGAAGCCCCGUGAUCCUGUCCAGCGGGCCCACCUCUCCGUCGACUCCCGCCGCCACCAAGGGCAUCAUCAACAUCAGCAGCGGGGGGUCCUACCUGUCCUCCGGGCCUUCCGUCAUCCCUGGCACCCCUAGCCCUCGGGCCAGCCCGGUGAACGACAGCGGCCUUGGGGCGGAAGGCGUCCUGGACUGCUCCUUCAGCACCGUCGCCGCCAGCCCCCCGGGCUCCGCCCGCAGCAUCUCCUCGCCUGAUUCUUCCAUCCCUGAUUACGGACACCCGCUGGGCUGCUCACGCUGCAGGUCACCCACAACCUUGUGCCAUCGCUGCGAGGAGUGGGCGGAGGCAGAAUGGCAGGCAGAGCUCCGCUUCCGAGACCGGGAGGCCGCCGAGGAGGCCGAGGCCGAGGUCCAGCGCACCGCCCAACGCCUGGUGCGAGAGGAGGACCGGCAGCUGGAGGAGGACCGGCGCAGCGUAGAACUUUUCCUGGCAAUGGAGGCCGAGAUGGCGGCCGAUCUAGCCAUCGCCGCCGAG